AUGUACCCUGACCUAUACAAGGAGUUGAACUUGAAACCAGAAGAUUUGACAGCAUACGAUUCACCAUUGAUAAGUUUUGAUGGGAAGAUGGUCAUCCCAAAGGGUCUGAUAAGACUACCCAUACAAGCAGGGUCAGAAGUGGUCGAAGUGGACUUUAUCGUGAUUGAUGCCUAUUCCCCCUACACUGCCAUCGUAGGAAGGGCCUGGCUACAUGCCCUGGGAGCCAUUUCCUUAACCACCGGAAAGUCAAGUACCCUACUGGAGACGGGAUCGAAGAGCUCAUCGGGAGUCAGUCCAUGGCUAGGCAAUGCCUGGUGGCUGCCGUUCUGCACCAACCCGAAGCCGGGCCCUCCAAGACAGACUUAUAGCAAUCAAAGACCUCGGCGUCACCUGUCUGUGGGCCGGCUGAGGAAGCAAAAUGUGAAGCUGCCUCCUCAGGAGAGGGAAGAGCUGAUAGUUUUCCUCAAGAGAAACAUCGAUGUGUUUGCAUGGAGCGCUUAUGAAGCUCUGGAGGUGGAUCCGGACUUCAUCUGCCAUCAUUUGAAUGUCAACGCAUCUAUCAUCCCCAAAAAGCAAGCUCCUCGGCGCUCAUCCAAGGAGUAUUCUAACACAAUCAGAGAUGAGGUAAUGAAGCUAAAGCUGGCUGGGGCUAUCAAAGAGGUUUUCUACCCUGAGUAG